AAUGGAAAAUUGGAGAAAGGUGUAGAGAAAGCGUGGCAAAUGCGUAAGCUACUCUCCCCAGCGAGAGCAACAAGUGCUGUAGUAGGCCUAGGCCGCUUAGCGUAUGAUUCCCGCUAUCCAGCGCCCACUGUGCAACACCUCUUAACCUUUACCACUCUCUCUUUCUUUCCUCACUCUCAUCAUCAUCAUCGCCAUAGUCAUCGCCCUCGUCCUCGCACACUCACACUUCUCCCCGCCACCUCUCUCUCCUUCUGUCCUCUCCUCCAAAACCCUAAUUUCCUCACGGGUAACUCCCUCUUCCGCGGAAUGGAGCAAUUCUGGUCCCAUAGUAGCGUUAAGAAGAACAAGGCAAUGGUGGAGAAUUUGCAGAGUUAUGGAGUGAUUAGCUCCAAAAAGGUUGUUGAAGUGAUGGGGACUAUUGAUAGAGCUUUAUUUGUGCCUGAUGGGACCCCACCUUAUGUUGACUCCCCCAUGGCAAUAGGUUAUAAUGCCACCAUUUCUGCACCUCAUAUGCAUGCAACAUGCCUUCAGUUGUUGGAAGAGAAUUUGCAGCCUAAUAUGCGUGCUUUGGAUGUUGGUUCAGGGACAGGAUAUUUGACAGCUUGUUUUGCCUUGAUGGUUGGGCCACAAGGCCGUGCAGUUGGUGUAGAGCACAUUCCUGAGUUGGUUUCUUCCUCAAUCGAGAAUAUUAAAAAAAGUGCAGCAGCACCGUUAUUGAAAGAAGGUUCCCUCUCAGUGCAUGUCGGUGAUGGAAGGCUAGGUUGGCCAGAAUUUGCACCUUAUGAUGCCAUUCAUGUUGGUGCAGCUGCACCAGAAAUCCCACAACCACUUAUUGACCAGUUGAAGCCCGGAGGCAGAAUGGUGAUUCCAGUGGGAAACAUAUUCCAGGAUUUGAAGGUUGUGGACAAGAACUUGGAUGGCUCUAUCAGUGUCCGGACAGAAACUUCAGUUCGUUAUGUUCCUCUCACAAGCAAAGAUGCUCAGUUGCGAGGCUCUUGAGGCCUGCUACUGGCUCACUAUUUGUGCAUAGAUGAUUUUCUGGUUUCUCUUCGCAGUAAUGGUUUGCUUUGGUAUAGCUUGUUCCCUUGCCACUGUAAAUUCCCUUGAUCUCAAGGGUGUUCAAACCUGUUGCCUGUUUGUGGCUAAAUGACUUAAAUAUAAGGCAUGUAGUUUCUGCUA